AUGCCCAUACCGAAACCAAUACCAGCACCAAAUAAAAUACCAGUACCAACACCAUUACCAUUACUUAUACUGGCACCAAUACCGAUACAAAUACCAAACCAAUACCAUACCAACCCCAUACCAAUAUCAAUAAAUUCCAGUACCAAAACCAAUACUAAUAUCCGAAUCAGUAGUAGUACUAAUAUCCGAAUCAGUAGUAGUACUAAUAUCCGAAUCAGUGGUAGUAGACCAGUACCAAUACUGGCACCAAUACCUAUGUAUGCAAAUACCAUAUCAAAACCAAAACCAAUCUCCAUAGCAAUACCAACGCAAAUAACAAUACUCAGUCCAAUGCUGGUAGCAAAAGCAAUACCAAUACCAGUACCAACACCAUNUAUCCAACGCCAACACCAAUACCAAUACGGAUUAAAAUGCCAAUACCAAUGUCAGUACCCAUGCCAAUGA